GAGGACGGAGAGGAUCGGGUUGACGAACGAGGGAGGAGGUCAGCUAUGACGAGGAGCAGGAGGUGUUCGAGGGACGAACGAGGGAGAAAAUUUUUCAACCGGGGAACGCGACGCGCCCUCGAGCUGAUCCUACACCUUCUGCUGAUCCAAAAUUUCGCCGGUAUGGGGGGGGCCGCGGGCCAGAUAGCCGAGUGCCCUCCCCCCGAAACCAUCCCCGGCUGCCCCUGUUACAAUUUCGACGACGGCCUCUUCCUGGAAUGCGCUGGCGCCACCGAGGACACCCUGAGGAGCACCCUGUUAAGCGUUCUGAGCGUGUCCGGAACAGGUACGAUGGUGCAGUCGUUGAGCGUUUACGAGUUGGACAAAAGCGUGGAGGAGCUGAAGGAGGGCAGUUUUCCGGCCGGUUCCCAGAUCAGGCAUCUACAGAUAUCCCAUUCCUCCCUUCGAGAAAUUAGCGAGGGCGCGUUCGUGAAUCUCAAGGACAGCCUGGAAUCGUUGGCCCUGCUCUCCAGCCGUUUGCUCCACGUGCCUCAGAAAUCGUUGGCCGAUCUGCGUAAAUUGGCCGCCCUCGACCUCGAGGCCAAUUUGAUACAAGACUUGUCUUCCUAUUGCUUUUACGUGAAACUGAUGAAGCUCACUCUCAAGGGUAAUCAGAUAUCGAAGAUCUCCGAGUACGCGUUCGCGGGAUUGGAGGACAGCCUGAGCGAUCUCGACUUGACCGAGAACAAGCUGAGGAUGUUCCCCAUGGCGCCGUUGAGAAGAUUAGAGAGCCUCGCCUCGCUGAGGCUCGCGUGGAACGAGAUAUCCGAGCUGCCGGACGAUAGCUACAGCCUUCUCAGCUCCCUCUUGAUCUUGGACUUGAGCAGCAACAAUUUCGAGAAAUUGUCCGAGGACUGUCUACGAUCGUGCCCGAUCCUGCACACGCUCUCCUUCUACUACAACUCGAUAGAGACGAUCCACAAGGACGCGUUCGUUUCCCUGAAGGAGCUCGAGUCGAUCGAUCUCAGCUACAACAAGAUCGUGUUCCUCGACGUGGCCACGUUCAAAGGGAACGAGAGACUGCGAAACAUCGAGCUGAGCAACAAUCACAUCCAUUACAUAGGCGGCGUGUUCGCCAGGCUGCCCGAGCUUCGAGAGCUUUAUCUGGCGGAGAACAAUAUUCUAGAGAUCCCGGGCGACGCGUUCAUCGGCAGCGUGAGCCUCGCGGUUGUCUAUCUACAACAGAACGCGAUCAGAAGGAUCGACGGGAGAGGUUUGACCGACCUCAACCAAUUGGCCCAAUUACACCUGAGCAACAAUUACAUCGAGAGGGUGCCGCGAGAGUUCCUCGAGCACUGCGAGAACCUUUCCUCUUUGUCCCUGGACGGGAACAAGAUCCACGAGCUUCAACCGGGCACGUUCUUGAAACUGCAUCAACUCAGGGAGCUACGGUUGCAAGACAACAACAUCACCGAGGUGAAACGGGACGUUUUCUCGCCCCUGCCCUCGUUGCUCGAGCUCCAUUUGCAAAACAACGCCAUCACCGACAUGGAGACAGGGGCGUUGAGAACGUUGAACAGUCUUCAACACGUCAAUCUCCAAGGAAAUCAGCUCACCGUUCUGGGGGACGUGUUCCAACUGUCCGCCUCGGAAUCCUCGUCCGGUGGAAGCUCGUUGGUCUCCAUUCAAUUGGACAGCAACGGCCUGGCCGUGUUGCACAACGACUCUCUUCGUGGCCAGGCAUCGGUCAGAAUCAUGUGGCUCGGCCAUAACAAAUUGACGCAUCUCCAGGCGCCGUUGUUCAGGGAUUUGCUGCUGGUCGAGAGACUCUACUUGACCAACAACUCGAUAUCCAGAAUCGAGGACGGCGCCUUUCAGCCUAUGCAGGCGCUGAAAUUUCUCGAGCUGAGUAUGAACAAGCUCAGCCACGUGACGGCGAGGACGUUCUCCGAGUUGCACGAAUUGGAAGAAUUAUAUUUGCAGGACAACGGUCUCAGACGGUUGGAUCCUUACGCUUUGACCGCUUUGAAGAAGUUGAAGGUAUUGGAUCUCGCGAACAAUCAUCUCACCGUCCUUCACGACGCUAUCUUUCAAGAGGGCUUGCCGAUCAAGAGCCUGAUUAAGAAUUGUUCCAUCAUAAGCAUAGAGAGCGGAGCUUUCAAGGGUCUCGACAAUCUAUCCGAUCUGAAUCUGGACGGCAAUCACUUGACGGUUUCCGCGUUGUUGAAUCUGCGCGUGUCGGGUCUUCGAAGCUUGGCCGCGUCCGGGAACAACUUCAGCCAAAUAUCGGAGCACAGCUUGAACGGGCUACCGUCUCUGCAGGAAUUGUAUCUGGACAAAGCGCAUAUCUCUCAAUUACCCGAGGUCAUAUUCGUGUUGAAUCGGAACUUGGCACGGUUGCAUUUGAAUAAAAACGAUCUACGCAAUUUGCCACCAGGCAUCUUCGACAGGCUGGCCUCCCUCAGAGAGAUCCGUCUCGAUUACAAUCGGUUCCAGGAUAUACCGUAUUCAGCCCUGGCUAAUGCCCUCAACCUCGAGAUUCUCACGUUGUCCAAUAAUCAAAUCGUGAACGUGGACGUGGCCAGUUUCGCCAGUCUUAAACACCUGAGAGAAUUGGACCUUAGCCACAAUCGAAUCGAGACCAUGUCCGGCUUCGCCACGGCCAAUCUCUCCUGCCUCAUCUCCGUCGAUCUCAGCCACAACCAUUUGAACGCGCUCCCGGCCAAUUUCUUCGCCCAUUCUUCCAUGCUUCGCAAAGUGGACCUCUCCGAGAACAAAUUCAGGCAAAUCCCGUCCGUGGCGUUGUCCGGCCAGAAUCUUCCCGGCCUGACUUGGUUAAAUUUGACCAGAAAUCCGUUGAACAGGAUCCACGUUCUUCCCUCGGAGGCGAAAUACCCCGUUCUUCAAGAAGUGCACAUAUCGGGCACGAAUCUGAGUAUAGUAACGUCUCAGGAUUUCGAGGCGUUCCCCGCCCUGUUGCAUUUGUAUCUGAGCCAGAACAGCGUGUCGAGGGUGUCCCCGGGUGCGUUCAGAAGCUUGCCCAACCUCUUAACCCUCCAUCUGGGAAUGAACAGCUUGGACAUCUUGCCGAAAGAGAGGCUACAGGGGUUGGAGCAUUUGCGGAUCCUGAAUCUGACGCACAAUCUGCUGAAAGAGCUGGACGAGUUUCCGGAGGACUUGAAGUCGUUGCAGAUAUUGGACCUCUCGUACAAUCAGAUCGGAAUAGUGGGCAAGGUGACGUUCAAGAACUUGGUCAGCCUGGUCGAGCUGCAUCUUUAUGGUAAUUGGAUCAACGCCAUCUCCAGCGAGGCGUUCAGACCGCUCAAGAAGCUGCGAUUGUUGGAUCUGAGUAGAAAUUACUUGGAGAACCUACCCUUGAACGCGUUCAGACCUCUCGAGACCCAGAUUCGGAGUUUACGCGCCGAAGAAAAUCCGUUGAUCUGUGGCUGCGAGUCGCAAGAGCUGUGGGAAUGGCUGAGGGAUCACCAAAAGCUGGUCAGCGGGGUGGGUGGCGGUCGUGGCCGCGGAAGAAACGGUGUCGGGGUCGGUGACGUGGAGGACGGUCUUUUAAAGUGUCAGCAACCGCCGGAAUUGCAGGGCCUGGUCUUCCUCGAUCUCGAUCCCCACGAGUUCUGCUCCGCCCCGUUGAUCCUGAAACUCGCGAUUCAAGACAUCCAACCGUUCUCGGUCCUCGUGUCCUGGCAAAGCAGAAACCACUCGGGUCUCCACGGCUACCAAGUGGCCUAUCACGCGCUGGACAACGUGGACGAGGUACGAGGGAAGCUGCUCGAUCCAAAGGCACGUUCGGUAAGAUUGACGAAGUUGGCCUCGGACACGAGGUACUUGAUCUGCGUGCUCGGGCUGGGCAGUUGGGGCACGUCGAUCCCCGAGGACAUCGGCUCCUGGCAAUGGAACGCCUCUCACGACGACGUGAUCGAGGGCUCGGCCAGGCCCGCGAUGGUCAAUUCGCUCACCAGUCAAUGCACGGAAGUCAGAACCCUGGACGCGCCCGACUCGAUCGUGGGCGACGGGACGAUGAGCGACAGGGGCGGCCUGGCCAACAUCCUGACCAGAAGGCUGGGCCUGAUAGUGGGCAGUUGCAUGGGCUUCGUGGUGUUCGUCGUGCUCAUCUCGGUGUUGGGCUACAUGAAGAUGAAGAAGCAAAGGUCGACCGAGAAGAGGGAUCAACCGCUUUCGUCCAAUCCGCAAGCGUACAUGUCCUACAGGCAUUUCUCGUUGCAAAGCGGAGACAGAGCCGACAACGCGUGUCCCAGUUUCAUCAGUAAUAUCGGGACCACCCCGUUGAACUCGUAGCACAAGCCGAUCGAGUCUCGAAAAGAGGCCGACCGCCGCGCCAUCGAGAUGAAGAACUCGCCUAGGUGCGCAGCAGGUAUCUUCGGCUAGCCACGAUCGAUCAGGGGAAGGACUGACUACGGAAGGUGGCUGGUGGAAGGAUGAACAGUUUCGAUAUGGAUCGUCGCCAGUUUCUCGUCCCGGUGCGCGGGUACAAUUUCGCGCGGGGAAAUAGAUUGCUCAGUUUUAGAAGGGAUUUUUGUUUUCGAAGCGAAAGCGUUCCAUCCACCAUGGGGACGCGAGUGAGGAAGAGAAAAGCAAUUAAGAGAAGUGCCAAAAAAAAAAAAAACUGAUGCGAAAGUAGGUUUUUUUAACGAAAUCCAAAAUCGGUUUAUUAGUCGUUCAUAUCGUGACGCGCGUCGUCUGUUAAUCGGGAAUGAACGGAUGUGAGACAAUGAGAGACGAAACCGUGAAAACACGUGCCAAAUAUUCGAAGAUUGUUCGAAAGGACUUGUUCGAGGAUAUUGUUCGCGAGACGCGAAAACGACGCGAAAACUUGUUGUCCUGUUUUUCUAAAUGAGCAAGGGAGGAAAGAAAGAAAGAAAAGAAAAGAAAAA